AUGAGUUUGGGACCCGGCCAUGGUAUCGCAGGAGGGCAAGCCUCCCAAGCUGCAGCCUCGAUGAAGGGACCAUUCAGGGUCUCACAACUAGAAAGCAGGGGCUUCUACAAGCAAACAAACCUGAAUCACUCGAGAGUAUGGGGAACAUCUGGACUGACCUUAUACGAAGAUACUCUGAGGAUAUCCAAGUCCCGUACGGCUCAUCUGAGGCCCUCUCAUGAAGAGCCUCUUGCAAAUAGGCACAACUCGCAGAGGCAGAGACGAACUCGGACCCAGAUGGAGCCACAUUUUGAAGAGAGCCUCAGGACUGGACUGAACGUAAAUUCUCGCUUCCCUCCCCGCUCGGAAGAGCUUCAUUCUUCUUUCACCUUCUCACCUCGCCACCUUGAGAUCAUCCACGUCGGCAUUCACUUUCUCUGCUUAUCCCUCCCAGACUACAAACCUCUUACCACUUCCAAAGCGAUCACCACGCGGCCUGCAACUGGGCGAGACAAGCUUGACAUGGACCCCGAAUCCGAGCAUGCUGCGAAGGUGGCUCCAGCUGGCAACCGCACAUUGGAUGAUAUCCUCCCGCACUGGGAGCGGGCCAUGACCCUGGCCCCAAAAGAGACCUCGAAGCCAAUCAACUUCAGACACGACCAGGACUACCCAAAGUACGAGAAUAUGAUACAGCACUGGGAAAACUUUGUGAAUGCAAACCCGCCGCCCGAGGUCCAUUUCUAUUGGAAAGAGGGACUGGAAGAGGCAAAGGAGAUGUUUACGCUGGGCCCGAAGACGACCUAUGAAGCGAGGAGGCUGUGCUUCUCCAGAGGACCCCAUUUCGGAGAAAGACGUGUGCGAGACACUCCCACUGGCGUUGGCUCGACGGAUGGGCAUGGGACGCCCUCGGGACGACGAGUUUUCGGAAUUGCACCUCCAACCACACCUACUUUGGGAAGACUACUUUGCUCCCAAGCUCCAGCAACAAAGGCCCGACUCUAUGACCCCGAUAUACGCCAGCAACCUCCUCCUGCCAUACGUGGUGUGGACCUGAAAGACCUGGAGUCUAGCCAGGCUAUGAAGCGGAACAUCAGAAUCUGGUAUCGAAAGAUGGAGGAGUCAUUGAAUACGAACCAUUACGCUGACUGGAUGAAGGCAUGGAAGGAGGAGUUCCCGGAGGUAGCAGACCUAGCCAAGGAACGAAAUCCAUUCUUAAGGGCAUGGGUUGAGUCUGAGGAAUUAAUGAUAGAAGAGCUUAAAGGAGAGCUUCGAGAACCGGAGCCUCAGGAAAGAGAGAAUAGGGCAGCAAACGGGGGAGAGAUUGGACAAGAGAUGGGUGUCCUUCAUGCCUCCCCUGACAUGGUACCAGAGGAGCCGCUUGGAGGAAUGGAGCUAUCCGAUGCGGACUGGGAGGACGUAAUGGACAUGUCUUAACGAGAUCCUAUAUUGGGGAGCGGAG